CUCUGUCCCACAUGGACACAUUUGAAGGAUUCUUUUAGUAUAUAUAAUUGAACGAGAUGUUAUUCUUCUAUCUUUACAGUGGUGUAUCAAAGGGCUGUGUGUUCAUAGUCCGGAUGCCCCGGCUGCUUACGACGACUGUGCUCAAGGUGACGAGGCAGGUUAUGGGUGUACUCAGGCGAUGUGCCAAUCUAUGACCGAACGUGAUCGGAUCGACCAUUGCUGCGCUACAUGUCACCGAAACCCUACACCUGCAACGCCUCCUACAACGUCACCUACAACAUCGCCUACAACGUCACCUACAACGUCGCCUACUACGUCACCUACAACAUCGGCUACAACGUCGCCUACAACGUCACCUACAACAUCGCCUACUACGUCACCUACAACGUCGCCUACUACAUCGCCUACCACAACUACGACGACAACAACUACUGCUCCAUACUGUGGGAGGUGGUGCCAAUGCCGAAUAUACAAACGUUACGGACUGUGUUCGCUAUGCAGAUACAGCAGGUGGUUACGACGUCUAUGUCGAUAUUGCCGAUGUUGGAGGAGGCACUACUGGUGGCGCGGUUGAGUUUGGGGGCGGGAACGCCUUGUGAAGAGUACCAGUCCCACAACACGCUGAUGCCAUCUUCUACUGGUGUCCAGUGAAUUAUGACCCAUGGACUAUCGUCCGCAAAUCUAUUAUUCUUAACUGCUACUGGAUCUCUUGAUGUUUUUGUUUGUUUAUUUUUUGUGGGUUUUUUUUGGGUUUUUUUUGGUGGGGGGGGGUUGUCAGUUUGUUUUCAUGUUGUUUUGUUUUGGAUUUGUUCUCCUUUUUUCUUGGUUUUUUAUGUGGAUUUGCUGUUGGUGGCUUUCUUCUUAUCCUUCGUGCGGUUAUUUCAAAGUUCGUGGGGGGGGGGGGGGGGGGGGUUUAUUGCCUAGAGGGUUGUAAUAUAACAGGGCGCCAUGUUCUAUUUCAUUUCCCGAUAACAUUUUGUUUUUAUUAUUGUUUUGUUUUUUGUUUGUUGUUUUCCGGGUGUGUUUUUUUUUUUUUGAUGUCUUUAUUUCAGACGUCGUGGGUUUUUUAUAUUUCCUAGGUGAUCGUAAAAUACUAAAUAAUUUAUUUAUAAUUAUAAUAUAUCAUGCGGGCGUCUUUCAUACAUUUAUAUGCAGUACCAACACACACACACACACACACACACACACACACACACAAAUACACACACACACAUACACACA